AUGAAUUGGAAUAACUUCAUUCAAAGAAUAAUCUUCUUUUUGCUUAAUGUCCCUGGCAUUAUGGGGAACAUUCUUAUAUUUGUAAGAUAUGUAUAUGUUUUUGUCACAGGUCCUGACAAAAAAUCCAUAGACCUUAUCCUCAUCCACUUGAUGUUUUCAAAUGCAAUCAUUAUCUGUAGCUCAGGUCUCAGAGAUAUAGCCACUGUUUUUUAUUUCAGAAAUUUUGUGGAUAAUAUUGGUUGUAAACUUUUGAUUUAUCUGGGAAGAGUGGCUCGGGGGCUUUCCAUCUGCACCACCUGUCUCCUCAGUGUGGUCCAGGCCAUCACCAUCAGUCCCAGGACCACCCUGUGGAGAAAACUCAAACCACAGACUGCAUGGCAAGUUCUUCCCUAUCUCCUCCUCUUUUGGAUCUCUAAUUCUCUGAUAAGCUCAAACCUGAUACACUACAUCACAGCAGUCAAUAACAUGAAUGGAUCUGGGUUUGGAAUGUACAUUGGAUAUUGUUAUAUGCUACCAUCUAGACAAGAGAUUAGAUGGCUUUUCCUCUCCCUCAUGACUCUCCGGGAUGUGAUCUUUCAGAGUCUCAUGGGCUGGAGCAGUGGGUACAUGGCUUUCUAUCUGUAUAAACAUCACAAGAGAGUCCUUUAUCUUCAUAGCUCCAGGUUUACAAACAAUUCCAGCCCAGAAAUCAGAGCCACUCUAAGUACUCUUGUUCUCAUGACCUGUUUCCUUGUCUUUUAUUGGGCAGAUUUCAUGUUCUCCUUAUAUACAGGUUCUACCUUGAGAAGUGAUUUCCUAACACAAAACAUUAAAACAUUUCUAGAACUUGGAUAUGCUGUUCUCAGCCCCUUGGUCCUGAUCAGUCGGGAUGUCCAUAUUACUAAAUCCCGGAGGGCUCACUGA